CGAAGGCUGUCAUCUAACAUCUAACGGCUCCUAUAUGUAAUUGCCAUUCACCGAACCGCAAUUCCGGGAACGCUUGUUUAUUCCUUCAUUCCAGCAUUACGGAAUACGUUAUAAAACGGUUGCUUACUCUGCACAAUGACCCCUCUAUAUAAAAUAGCUCGUUUUUUCUUUUUUUCUGUUUUUCUUUUUUGUCAUUUUUCAUUUUCAUUAUCAUAAAUAUUAGUGUAUAUAUAUAUAUGUAUGUAUGUAUGUUGUAUGUUUGUAUGUAUGUAUGUAUGUAUGUAUAUUUAGAUAAAAUAAAAUGAAAAUAUGUUGUAGGCUUCAUUAGUCGUUCGGUAUCAGUAAUUAAAUGUCUUUACUCGAAUAAUGGAAAUAAUUAAGUUUUUAAUAUAAAAUUUUAAUUAUAUUCUUGAUUAUUAACUUCUCGAUUGAAAGAGAAUUCAAAUUUAUAGAAAUUCACUUAUGGGAAGUAGUUCAAAUGACGAACUAUAUUUGUAUCAUAUGAUUUAAUAUUUAUAAGAAUGAUUUAUAUUGAUGUUAUAAUUUCUUGUCUAAAUAUGAAAAAUUUCUACAUAUUAUGUCAGAAAUAUUUAAAAUUAGAUUUAUGUCACAAAUCCGUUAAAAAGAAAAAAAUAUAAGAUAAUUAUGCCUUCUGGGAACUGUCGAUCAUAAAUACUUAAUAAUAGUAAUUUCCCGCGUAAAAAUGAUCACGUACGAAUGGUAACAUUUAUCAAAAUGAAAAAAUUACAGUUACAGUUACGUAUUAUUGGAUAAUCGUCUGAAGUUACACUUCGAAAUAUACUUAUUUCGAUUAGCAAGCUGACCGUAUCUAAAAAUAUAUUUAUAGAAAAUAAAAAUUGAAAAUAACAUAUAUAUAUAUACUUAUUUUAUCAAAGAGAAUUUUCUUAUUUGUGAUUCCGUUAUUACGAACCCUUCAUUAUUUCUUUUUAAUAUGACACAUGUAAUUACAUAGAUAUAUAACUAGUAGAAAAAUAUACAUCAUUAUCGUCAUCAUACAUUGACUACGUUUGACUACUAGGUAGAAGCUAACUUUCUUAUUACUAUUGAAAUACUUGAACAGGUGGGGAAUCUAUUGGUCAAAGAAGGUAGCAAUUCACUUCAGUUUAGUCUUAGCAGUAUCUUGACGAACAUGUUAUACGUAACUAAUAUGUGAUCAUAUAUAUGUGUAUAUAUAUAUAUAUAUAUAUGUAUAUAUAUAUAUAAUGAAAAUCAAUUAAAAAAAAUUUCUUUUAAUUUUAAAUAUUCUAUUUCAACAAAGAAGAAACGGAACUACCAAAGAAAAAAAAGAAUAUAUGAAAGGAAUUCAACGUUCUAUCAUCGCGUUCGACCGAUUUUUAAUUAUCAGUGAUUAUGUGUGUACUACCUUUUAUUUUCCUUUUUAGUCGUAGCGAACCUGUUUCGUUUGGCAACAUAAAAUAACAAAAUUGUACGAAAUGAGACAUAUUAUAUUCAAAUUUUUAUGGCUCAUUAUUAUACCGCCAUUGGUCGAUGUCAAUACGAAGGUACUAACGACAACUGAGUCAAGUGCAGACUAUCUUCAAAAAGUUAUGCUCGAAUUGCAACAACUUCAUUCACCUACGACACCAAAAACUUAUGUUGGAUCUACUGGAAAUCUUCAAUCCGACAAUUUACAACAGUACAAUCAAAAUCAAAACUACUCGAUUCAAAAUCAUCUUUCUGAAACGCAUCAAUUCGAUCAAAUAUUUCGUAAGGACGAUUUUCGAAACUCAAAAACAUCGUCUCAUAAAAAAAUUGAUUUACAACAUUCUGGAUCGGAGAAUAUACCGCAAUAUUACGAGGUUCGCUCUCCCACCUACGUUAGCGCGGCAAAUUUGAAAGAUAGUAGAUUAUUUGCGGAACUCGCUGCAAUCUAUAAAAAUGCGUUGAACAAAGGACCAUUUAUCAGUGUAUCGUCCUCGUCAAAUUCUGACAAGAGACCUCAAAUCGUGGAGACUCACCUUGAAUUACCAGUUAGGCAACCGGCGUAUCAUCAUUAUUAUUUUUUCCCAUUAAAAACAAUUGAAAAUGAAAUAAAUAAAAACGACGAACAUCAUCUUAUGAGUACAUAUAAUAUCGAUAACGUUGCUGAAAGUGCAUCUCAUAAACAAUUAAGCAAUCCACUUUUUAUAGCUAUAAGUACAUUCGUCAGUAUAGCUGUUUUAUUUAUGAUGGGAAUUCUAUUUUUACCAAAACUUCAUCAAUACGGCAUUUUUUCAACAAGAGGAAUUCAAGAUGAUUUUCUUUAUUUAACUAAUAUCGUUAUGGGUGCUAUUGAUAAAUUUGAGGAUUAAAAUUUAUUUCAUUGAAUUAUUUGACACAGAUUAAGUCAUAUAUAGUAUUAAGAAGCAAGAAAGAUAUGAAGAUAUCAAGCGUGUAGCAGAGUAUUUAAGACUGUUUAUCACCAAUAGUUUUAUAAUGAUUUAGACCAACAAUAAAUAUAAGUGUAAUUCUUGAAUGAUUUUAAUAAACAGUCUCAUUUUUAAAAUGAAGAUUUAAGCGAGGAUAUGACUUUUGAAUUUUUGCAAAAGCUUUGUUCAUCAAAAUCGUUCAUGAAUUACGCUUGGAUUCGCUUUUGGCAUAAAAAGCUAUUUUGGAUAUUUUUUCUGAAAAAAAUAAUUUCGUAUAGUAAUGUCUCUUGAACUUUGAAACAAAAGAGAAAAAACUUGUACUCCUAAUUAUUAAUUUUUAUAUAAACGUUUGAGUGGUAUGUGCUUUGUUUCCGUGAAGUAGACAAUUGCUUCCUUCUUUGUGUGUAUAAACCGAUGCUCAGCCGUUUAAUUAUGUGUUCAGCUGUUCAUGCUAAUAGAUUUUAAGAAUAACAUAUAAUACUUCACAAUUAAAACUUCACAAUUAUUCAAACAAUGUAUAAUGUACACAGAGCAUAACAAAAUAAUAUUUAAACAGUAAUGUAUAUCGUUUAAACAUUACAUAAUUCGUAGUACGUGUUAGAUAUAAAAUAAUUUCAAUUUAAUAUCUUAACAAAGUUAAAUUUUGAUCUGCGGCUCGUUACUCUCAGGUGAAAAUAUUUUCUUCAGUAGAGACAAAUCAAGUUCGAUUUGAGUACUUUGAUUUUGUUUGGGAAAAGCGAUCUUCAAGAUGUCUAGCCCAGGUUUUAAAUUCUUUCUUUUUCAUUUUCGAUUUUUCGUCGAGCGACCGACAUAUCAUCGAUGGAUCGGUCCAUCGAUGAGAAUUCUUCGAUUAUUAAUUCUUUUCACGUUAGAUGUAGAGAGAUCAUUCUUCCAUGUAGUGAGAUAGGAAGAACACCUGCGCGCAUGACGGCGUACGCAGGCGAUUUAAAUCCUAUCAAGGACUGUGUUUUAUUGUUCGAGGUAUCGAAAACAUUUCGAAGGUAUCGAAAACACGAGCGAUCGUUUUAAAUAGUGAUGACUGAAGCUUACAAUAUUGAAAAAUGAAGCGACAAAUCAUCCCAAAACUCGGAUUUUAAAGUAGAGUCAUCGAUAGUUCGUGGACAGCAACUUCCACGUGAUAAGAUUUGGAUCGGUAUUACUUGUGAUAUAUCAGAAUCUAAAUCUAAAUUAUAUAACACAAGUACUACCGAGCGAAUGACUGCAUAUUUUAACAAAUUUUCAAAUUCUAACUAAGCGUUGAAGUAGUUUUACAUUUAUCAAUACUAUUUUGUUAGAUAAAUAGAUUAGAUAUAGUAGAAUUUUAAAGUAAUUUCUUAGAGAACGCAAAAUUCUAAUUUUUUUUAUUAUUACUUUUUUUUACUUAUUUUUAUUUCCGCUUUUCAAAUUAAAUAUUAUAUUCUCUAUUCUAUUUAUGUUCGCCGUCGUAUCUAUAUAUUUUAAGAUUCAAGAUAUUCAUUAGCAAU